AUGAAGGUUCAACCCUGCGGGAGUCCAUCGUCGCAAGUGAUCCACCGCCAGAACCACGGUGUCCCCUUCUCGAGUGUUUCUGUUGCAUUGCUCUGCUGCGGACCAUGCUUCUCCAACGUUCAUGAUUUCUUGGGGCUCGUCCCGCAUCAACACCGCUCCCCGACCGGCUCCAGAGAGACCGGUGUAGAGGUUCAUCAUUGGCAUUCUCGUUGCCAUGGCCGGCGCUAUCGCUCGUGGGCAGUUCUUCUGAGCCAGUUCGUACCAUUUUUUGAGUUGUGCAUGCGCCGUUGGAGGUGUGCAGUCCGGCUCCUUCACCAGGAGAGGUGUCCGGCUGAGCGGAGACCGCCUUCGCCUAAUGAGCUUCAACACCCAAUAGAACUCUGCGGUGCGGAUAUGUAG